AUGCCCCCCAAGCAAUGGUAUUGGGGCCAUGGGGCGGAGUGUCCGCGUCUGGAAAAAGGUCCGUUGGACAUUACAUCCAAUAUCAUUCUGGGCCAUUGCUCUGUUGAAUACGGUCAAUGGGACUCGGUUGAUACUGUCGGUUCCGUAAAUACCACUGUCUCCAACUCUAUUAUUGCUCUACCUAUCGGUCAACAAUUCGGAGCUCAUGUUGAAACCAGACCAGCCACCUUCUAUGGCAACCUCUGGGUCAGCGCACACAAUCAUCAACCCCUUGCCAAGAGCAACACACAGCGCUUCAAUAAUGUUGUGUACAACUUUCAAGCAGCAUACACAGUUUCAAAUACCAGUGAAGAUUCUUAUCAUGACAUUAUCAACAACCACUUUAUUGUCGGACCUAGUACCACAAGUUCCAGCGAUGCAUCCUACCAGAUCAAUUCCGGACAAAUAGUCUAUGCCACUGGAAACUAUCUUGAGACCAACAAGGAUGGCACCUUGAAUGGAGCGGCCUACAACACGGUGGGAAGUGCAACUGUAGCCAAUACUGCGCUCGAAGAGAUGUCUCUCAUUAUCGUCGCCGUCACUGCCGCUCAAGCAUAUACUUCCUUGAUAACUAAGAUGACAUAG